GUGCAUAACCAGUCUAAAGUCCGUCAAAAGCUGCUCCGCAUACAGAUCAGAGGGAUUUCACAACAUAGCAGACUGCUACAUUAAACCAAGAUGGUGAUUAUGUCUGGAACAUACACGCUGGGGAUCAUAUGUCUGGUCCUUCUGAUUGUUCUGUUGGCCUGCAUCAUGUACCAUCCACUGAAGAAAUACUUUCAGGACUGGAACGAUUUGAGGCCAAUCCCUGGAGUGGAUGGAGCUUAUCCAAUCAUUGGGAAUGCACUUCUGUUCAGCACMAAUGCAGGAGAUUUCUUCAACCAGAUUAUUGAAGGCACUAAGGAGUUCAGACAUUUACCAUUGCUGAAGGUUUGGGUUGGACCCCUGCCAUUGGUGGUCUUAUUUCAUGCAGAGACUGUGGAGGCGAUUCUGCACAGUUCCAAACACAUAGACAAGGCCUAUUUCUAUAGGUUUAUGCAGCCUUGGCUGGGGACUGGCCUGCUCACCAGCACAGGGGAUAAGUGGCGUGGCAGAAGGAAGAUGUUGACCCCGACUUUCCAUUUCUCCAUCUUGGCUGAGUUUCUGGAGGUGAUGAAUGAGCAGGCUGAGGUUUUAACACAGAAACUGGAGAAGCAGGCGGGAGGAGAUCCAUUCAACUGUUUUAGCUACAUCACACUCUGUGCUUUGGACAUUAUUUGUGAAACGGCAAUGGGAAAGAACAUCUACGCACAAAGUAACAGUGAGUCUGAGUACGUCCGCAGUGUGUACAAAAUGAGUGACAUCAUCGGUCGUCGCCAGAGAGCCCCCUGGUAUUGGUCAGACUUCAUCUACAGUCUGUUAUGGGAGGGGAAGGACCAUGACAAUAGACUGAGGAUCCUCCAUUCAUUCACUCAGAGUGUGAUCAAGGAGAGAGCAGAAAGCAUGGAGAAUGCAGGUUCUGACAGUGAAUCUGACCAUGGCAUCAAAAGGAGAAGACUUGCCUUCCUGGACAUGCUGUUAAAAGCCACUGAUGAGGAGGGAAAUUACUUGAGCCAUAGUGAUAUCCAAGAGGAGGUGGACACCUUUAUGUUUGAGGGCCAUGACACCACAGCAGCCUCUAUGAACUGGGCCCUUCACCUACUGGGAUCCUACCCCGAGGUCCAGACCAAGGUCCAGGAGGAGCUCCAAGUGGUGUUUGGUUCCUCCAACCGUUCCGUCACCGUCGAUGACCUGAAGAGGUUACGUUACCUUGAAUGCGUCAUCAAGGAGACCCUUCGCCUCUUCCCCGCCGUGCCCAUGUUCGCACGCACCGUAAGCGACGACUGUCACAUCAAUGGCUUUAAAAUUCCUAAAGGAGUGAAUGCCCUGAUCAUUCCCUUCGCCCUGCACCGUGAUCCACGAUACUUCCCGGAUCCCGAGGAGUUCCGGCCAGAGCGUUUCCUGAUAGAGAACAGCACAGGACGACAUCCCUACGCAUACAUCCCAUUCUCCGCUGGACCCAGGAACUGCAUCGGCCAGCGGUUUGCCAUGAUGGAGGAGAAGGUGGUGCUGUCUUCGGUGUUGCGUCACUUCUCCGUGCGGUCCUGCCAGAGCCGAGAGGAGCUGAGACCUCUGGGUGACCUCAUACUCCGACCAGAGAAGGGUAUUUGGAUUACGCUAGAGAAGAGACAUUGCUAGAGAAGAGAUGCUAGUCUCCCCCGGCAAACAGCUUCUAAUAUAAUACUAUGGUACUUUGUCAUGCUAGAGAAGAGUUGCAAGCCUCACAUGGCUAACAGCUUCCACUAUGGUACUUUGUCAUGCUAGAGAAGAGAUGCUAGCCUCCCCCGGCUAACAGCUUCCACUAUAAUACUAUGGUACUUUGUCAUGUCGUAAUACAUUGUUUUGUUGUAGCCUCUUUCUCAAGUGUUUUUUUAAUAAAUACAAAUGAUGUAUGAAGGUUAAAUUGUUUUCUUUGGUUGAAUAAAGUAAAACAAAGAGAUUCUGUCUGGAUAAAUAUAUUUGCUAAAUCAGUGUUUCUGACCUAAUGAUUCAGCUCCAGUGGCGACCCGUAAUUCAGGGCAGGUGAGGCAGAGCCCUGUUCAGCAAAAAUAAAAAGUGCCUGUUAUUUUGGCUUUAAUAUGUAUCACAUCAGUUUGCAAACAAUGUKAAAAUAUKUAUAAUUGAGUUAAUAAAGCCGCUUACAAACAUGG